AUGCAGGAGGUGAAAGAAUCGUCAACAAUCCGAAUGGACAGUGAAGAAUCGAAGACGGCGAAAAUGGAGUCAAUCUAUGACAGGAUCAGCCGUUUGGUCUCCGGCAAUGCGGUGGUCGUAUUCACCAUCAGCGGUUGCUGCAUGUGCCAUGUCGUGAAGCAGCUUCUUUUUGGCCUUGGAGUAGGCCCAAUCAUAGUCGAGCUCGACCGUGAUGUUUAUGGCAGUGACAUUCACAGUCUUCUCCUUCGCCUUGCCCGUGCCAAUGGCAAGCAACACGCAGUCCCUGCAGUGUUUGUUGGGGGCAAGUUCUUGGGUGGGAUCGAAGCCGUCAUGGCCUGCCAUAUCCAUGGAACUCUCGUCCCUCUUCUGAAGGAUGCCGGAGCUCUCUGGCUUUGA